AUGGUCGUCCAGGGCAGUUUCACGGUCCUCUUCGGCGCACUCGUUUUCGGGCUCUUCGCCUUCGUUCUCUACAGCCAACUCACCACCUAUCUUGCGCGACGCCAAAUAAAGCAAGACAAUGGCUGUAAGCCGCCGCAAGCACGAUAUGCUCACAAGGACCCCUUAUUUGGCCUCGACUUCCUAUGGGAAAACAUCAAGAAAGGCAAAGAGUACAAGCUGCUUGAGAAUGCGCAGAGGCGGUUUGCGCGGCUCGGAAACACCUUCACGGCUAAGAUGUUCCUCAUGCCCGUCAUCGCCACCAUUGAGCCGGAAAACGUCAAGACGAUCCUCUCUCUCAAAUUUAAAGAUUUCAGCCUGGGUCCGCGCGAGGAGAUGCUGGGGCCCUUGCUGGGCAGAGGCAUCUUUACGACGGAUGGAGAGCGCUGGCAGCACUCCCGACAUAUGAUUCGCCCCAACUUCGCCCGAGACCAGGUCGCCGAUCUGCAAGCCUUCGAGAGACACAUCAAAGACCUCUUCAAAUUGAUUCCGAGAGAUGGCUCAAUGGUUGAUCUCCAGGAUCUCUUCUUCCGCUUCACGAUCGACUCGGCCACCGAGUUUUUAUUUGGCCAAUCGACGCAUACGCUCAGAGAAGACGGCAAAACUUCCGGCUCAGCGUUUGCGAGCGCCUUCAACCAUGCUCAGUACGACGUCAUGAUGAACGUACGACUGCAGGCGCUGAGACACUUCAAGCGGGAUCCUAAGGCCCGGGAGGCGAUCAAGUUCUGCCAUGAUUUUGUCGACCAGUUCGUGGAUCAAGCGGUCGAGUACCGUGAGACGCACGACCUGGAGAAGGCGGCGCCGGAAGGGAAGUACCUUUUCCUGCACGAGCUUGCGAGGCAGACUACGGACAGGAGGAGGCUGAGAGACGAGCUGCUCAACGUGCUGCUUGCCGGGAGAGACACGACGGCAUCUUUGUUGAGCAACAUGUUCUGGCAGCUCGCCAAACGACCAGAUGUGUGGGAGAAGCUCCAAGCAGAAGUCGCGGAACUGGACGGGCAGCCGCCGUCAUACCAACAGCUGAGGAACAUGAAGUAUCUGAAGUACUGCCUCAACGAGUCCCUCCGAACCCACCCCGUGGUCCCAGGUAACUCCCGCUUCGCCAUCCGUGACACUGUUAUCCCACUUGGUGGCGGCCCAGAUGGCACAGCUCCGCUCUUCGUGAAGAAGGGCACGCUCAUUAUGUACAGCCCCUGGAGCAUGCACCGCCGCAAGGACUUCUACGGGCCGGAUGCCGACGAGUACCGACCUGAGCGAUGGGAGACAUUGCGGCCUGGGUGGGAGUAUCUGCCGUUCAAUGGUGGUCCGCGUAUUUGCCUUGGUCAACAAUAUGCGCUUACGGAAGCCGGCUAUGUCACCACGAGAAUCCUGCAGGAGUUCAAGGGCAUUGAAAGCAGAGACCCGGAACCCUGGCAAGAGUCACUGACGCUCACUUUAUGCUCCCGCAACGGAACGAAGGUCUCUUUAACGCCUAGGUAG